UGGACAUUAACAAGAGGAACAAGAUUCAAGUCAUUUCAGAGAACCUCUCACUCCGUCUCUGAUAAGAGGUGAAAUGGCUGAAGUAACACCUCAGCUGUUGGAGACCUUCUCCUGUUCUGUCUGUCUGAACGUCCUGAAGGACCCGGUGACGAUUCCCUGUGGUCACAGCUACUGCAUGAGCUGUAUUAAAACCAACUGGGAUAUAGAGAAUCGGAGGGGAAUCAAUCGCUGCCCUCAGUGUGGAACGAUCUUCACAGUGAGGCCUGUCCUGGUGAAGAACGCCAUGUUAGCAAAUCUAGUGGAGCAACUGAAUGCAGUCCAAGCUAUUCCUGCUGAUCACUGCUAUGCUGCUCCUGAAGAUGUGGCCUGUGAUUUCUGCACUGGGAGGAAGCUGAAAGCCUUCAAGUCCUGUCGGAUGUGUUUGGCUUCUUAUUGUGAGAAACACCUACAGCCUCAUUACGAUGUGGCUGCUUUAAGGAAUCACAAGCUGGUGGACCCCUCCAAAGAGCUUCAGGAGAACAUCUGCUCUCUUCACAAUGAGGUAAUGAAGAUCUUCUGUCGUACUGAUCAGCAGAGCAUCUGUUAUCUCUGCUUUAUGGAUGAACAUAAAGACCACGACACGGUCUCAGCUGCAGCAGAAAGGACUGAGAGGCAGAAAGAGCUGGAGGUGAGUCGACUCAACAUCCAGCAGAGAAUCCAGGACAGAGAGAAAGGUGUGAAGCUGCUUCUACAGCAGGUGUGGAAAAUCUAUAACGGAGUGAGAGACAGUGAGAAGAUCUUCAACCAGCUGAUCCCUUUCAUGAUGAACUUAAGCUUUGAUGCGAAGCAGCAGGUCAGAUCCCAGCAGAGAGCUGAAGUGAGUCGAGUCAAAGAUCUUCAGGAGAAGCUGCAGCAGGAGAUCUCUGAGCUGAAGAGAAGCGACGCUGAGCUGCAGGAGCUUUCAAAGACAGAAGAUCUGAACCAGUUCCUCCAGAACUACCCCUCAGUGUCCCCCCUCGGUGAGUCUACAGACUCAUUCAGCAUCAGCAUCUGUCCUCCGAGCUGCUAUAAGGACUUCACAACGGCUCUGUCAGAAGUCAGAGACAAACUAGAGGACGUCCUGAGAGGGAAAUGGACAAAUGUCUUCCUGACUGUGGCUGGAGUGGAUGUAUUAUUCUCACAAUCAGAGCCAAACACCAAAGCUGGAUUCUUAAAAUAAUCACUUGAAAUCUCACUACUCUGGAGACACUGCUGAGUUCAAAUCGACAGAAGUCAUUUCAGGGUUUGACUGUUUUGACUCACUGUGAUCAUCAUUUGUAUCUCCAUGUUGGAUGCUCAGUGUUUCUUCACUGCUCUCACAUCUUCUCAUUAGUUCUUCUGUAGAUGUGCCUUCAGGUGGACCUCCUUCUGGUGUGUGUUUAGCCAAGGAGAAUAUCACUGUUGUUGUUUACCUGAACUAACUUUUCUACGUAUGCUUUUAUUAGAACAUUUUAGAGUUCUAAAUGUUUGAUGAAUAUUUGUAUUCAUACAUUUACGCUGUUCUUUAUCUUCCACUGCAUCGAUCUUAAGAGGGAAAAAACAAAGAUAUUGGUCUUGGUUCUAGGUUUGUUGACAUUUCCUUGUUUGUGUAUUUUUGUUCCACACUGUCAAUGCUGAAUUAUUGUUUUUUACAUAACUGAUGUUCUGAUCCAAGAUAAUCAUUUUGUGGAUAAAGUGAAUCUGUACAUAAAACCACUGAUCAAGAGAAAUAUGAAAGAUUUCACUGAUGGAUGUGAGAAUAAACUGAAGGUUUACAUGAAUAAA